AUGAGGCUUUGGAACCAGCUCCAGUCAGUGUACAAGAUGGAUCCGCUACCGAAGGAGGAGUUCCAAGUAAAGAUCAAAGACCUGAAUGAGCACAUCGUCUUCUGCCUGUGCUCUGGGUACUUCAUGGAUGCUACCACCACCACAGAGUGUCUUCAUACAUUCUGCAAGAGUUGUAUUGUGAAGUACCUCCAAACCAGUAAGUACUGCCCCAUGUGCAACAUCAAGAUCCAUGAGACACAGCCACUGCUCAACCUCAAACUGCACCGGGUCAUGCAGGACAUCGUGUACAAGCGAGUACCUGGCUUACAAGACAGUGAAGAGAAACGGAUUCGAGAAUUCUACCAGUCCCGAAGCUUGGACUGGGUCACCCAACCCAGUGGGGAAGAGCCAGCCCUGAGCAACCUCGGCCUCCCUUUCAGCAGCUUUGACCACUCAAAAGCCCACUACUAUCGCUAUGAUGAGCAGCUGAGCCUGUGCAUGGAAUGGCUGAGUUCUGGCGAAGACAAGAAUAAAAGCAUCCUGCAGAACAAAUACGUCGGAUGUUCUGUUAGAGCUGAAGUUCGUCAUCUCCGGAGGGUCCUGUGUCACCACUUAAUGCUAAAUCCCCAGCAUGUACAGCUCCUUUUUGACAAUGAAGUUCUCCCAGAUCACAUGACCAUGAAGCAGAUAUGGCUGUCCCUCUGGUUUGGCAAGCUAUCCCUUUUGCUUUCAUACAGUGUGGAAGAGAAGAGGAGGUAG